ACAGGCGUGAUUGAUGUCAAAAAUGAUUUGGGCAAAAUAACUUUCACUUUACAUGUUUCCUUCUUCAAUUUCUUUGUUCGUCGAAGGUCUCACUUGUAAAAAGUUAUUGCGCGUUGAAUGCUUCAUUUUUCAAUUAGAUCGAUACCGGCGUUGAGCGGAAGCCCCUUUAAUUCUUCUGUCAACUGUAUGGUAUUAAAAUCAUGAAUCCGUUAGCAAUGGAAGUACCUGAAACUUAUUUCGUUUAGUAUUUUAUUACUUAGGAGAAUUCCAUCUUGAUGUGUUCUAAAGAUUCUAAAAGAUGCAGUUCUUGUAGAUUGAUCUUAGAACUUGAUUGACUCGACCAACAAUUGAGAAAAAUUAAACGAAAUUUCAACAAGUCAAUCAUUCAGAGACAAUGAGUUGCUGUUGUUCGUCAGUUUUCGAAACUAUCCGUGUACUCUUUUGGAUGUUUUUGGACCCAUUUAUCAGACUGGGUCGUUGCUUGUGCCCAAAGCAGAAGAAGAGCAUCAAAGGCGAAAUUGUUUUACUCACCGGCGCUGGACAUGGCCUAGGAAAAGAACUAGCAUUUCGCCUUUCCGAGCUUGGACCCGUCCUUGUUCUGUGGGACAUAAACGAGGAAAACGUGGAAAAUGUUGCGACCAAGCUCCGUGUGGCUGGCAAAACAGUUUUUUCAUAUAAAGUGGAUGUGACAGACGAACAACAGGUCAUUCAAAAUGCCAACCGUGUCAAGCAAGAAGUGGGAGACGUCACCAUUCUCAUCAACAAUGCUGGGGUCUUCUCUGGUCAGCCACUCGUUGAUUUACCUAGCCAUAUUAUCAGGAGAUGCUUUGAAGUUAACUCUAUGGCUCAUUUUUGGAUGUUACAACAAUUUUUACCGAGAAUGAUGGAAUUAGAUCAAGGGCAUGUUGUUGCAGUUGCUUCCAUAGCUGGUCAUCAAGGAGUUCCUUACAUGACGGAUUACUGUGCAUCUAAAUAUGCUGCUGCUGGGUUAAUGGACGCAUUAUACAACGAGCUUCAAGCUAUGAAGAAGAAAAAUAUCCGGUUAACAACCAUCAAUCCAAUCAUCAUUACAACUGGACUUAUCUCCAAUGUUAAAACAAGGUUUCCGUGUUUACUACCUUUGCUGAGUGUUGAGGAUACAGCUGCAGUUAUCGUCAAAAGUAUUCUCAAAGAAGAGGAAGAAGUAUUUAUUCCUACGCGUAGCAAAUACCUAAAAGACUUCGUAGACUGCUUCACGAGGAGGACGAGAUGGAAGAUGUUGAAUUACGUCAAUUACGGCUUUGAUCCAGACGUUAAAAAGGAACCUCCACCGAAAGUUGCGGAAAUUGUUUAGAAGACCGUGCUUUUUUGGACUUAUUUAAAAUGUUUGAAUAAAUGAGUACAGCUUGAUAUUUUAUUACAACAGUACUUUAAUAUUAUCUUGAAAAUAACAUGUAUUGUAGACGAAGUACGAAGUAUUUUACCUGAAUCAUGAUUAUAAAGGAAGAAAUAAUGAACUGCACCAGCCUGUUCUAAGCAACUAAUUGAUUAUAGUGCUCCUCAGCAUUGUUGACACUCGGCGGAAAAGUCAAAAGCAUCAAUUCCUAUUAAAUGGGGAGGGCAGUAAACGUGAUCGACGAAUCCUAAAUUCUACAAUGUGCUCAUUAUCAGGGAGUUGGGCGCGAGUUUUCAGUUGAAAUGUAAUUUUCUACUGUAAACAAACAACGACAAUCAAGAAAAAGAACUUGUUUCGGCAGCACUUGAUUCUUGCAGCCCUGGCAUUUCAACCGGUUUUGAAGCAAACUCGUUCAAGAAAGAAUUCCAACAAUACUGAUGUCCUCUCGAUAAAUUUAAAGCUUCUAGAACUCGAUCAAACAUUGAUCAUGUUUUGACCAAAUUGUUCAGAGUUUCACUAUAACUUUUGACGACAAGAUUUAAAAAAAAAAAACUUAUGGGCUUCUCUAGAAAGCCAUGAAAGGUCAUCAGCUUUCGACUUUGCCUUAUAUAAAUUUUCUAGAUUAGUAAGUAAAAGUUUAUAUUAAUAAAACUCCCUCUGUUUCCUGUCUUCAAUAUCA